AUGGGCCUCGAUGCGGAGCGCCUGCGGACGCAGAGCAUGACGGAAGAGCUGCAGAGCGCCUGCAACCAAGCCGUCAGGGCAGAGCAGUUUGCAGCCCACCGGCAGAUUGAAGCCAUGCGCUCGGAGUUUGCCGAGGACGUCGCGCGGCACCGGGCCGGGGAGGCAGCAACGAUCCGAGCGUUGAAAGCCCAGGUAGAGGAGCUGCGCGUCAGUCGGGACGAGAUGCUGGCGUCGGAGAGUCGUCAGGCAUCAGCCACCGAG